AUGAGAUUUUGGACACUUCGAGAGAAGGUGUUCCGUCAGAAGAACAUUUCGCAUGGCAGUCUGGAGACGCAGCUACGCCGAUGUCUCACCACCACCGACAUCACGCUGCUGGGCAUCGGCCACAUGAUUGGAGCCGGCAUCUACGUGCUCACAGGCUCCGUGGUCCGAAACGUGGCCGGUCCGUCGAUCGUGCUGUCGUUUCUGCUCGCCGGUGUCGCUUCUUUGCUAUCUGCGCUGUGUUACGCCGAAUUCGGUGCCAGAUUUCCGAAGGCGGGUAGCGCCUACACGUAUGCCUAUGUGGGAGUCGGUGAAUUAUGGGCGUUCAUCAUCGGCUGGAACAUCGUCCUCGAACAUAUGCUAGGAGUCGCAGCCGUCGCUCGAUCCUGGUCUGGUUAUUUGGAUUCGUUGUUGGGAAAUGUGAUCUUCAACACCACCAUUGAGCGUAUUGGUCGAAUUGAGAAGUCGUCGUUUUUCGGCGACUACCCGGACGUGGUCGCUUUCAUUCUGAUCGUCGUCGUCGCUAUAUUCGUCGCUCUGGGAUCGAAGGCAUCGACAAAUUUUAACUCAAUGUUCACUGUCGUUAACAUGAUUGUAAUUGUAAUUGUGGUUGGUUAUGGCAUCACUUUUGCUGACUUCUCGUUAUGGAGAGGAGUUGACGAUGAAGGACGAUCGAGAUUCUUUCCGUAUGGAGUAAAUGGAAUGUUGGCUGGUGCAGCGUCGUGUUUCUUCGCCUACAUCGGUUUCGACGGUUUGGCAACAGCUGGAGAAGAAGCAAAAAAUCCCGCUCGUUCGAUUCCGAUAGCAACGUUUGCUUCGAUGACAGUGGUGACACUGGCGUACGUACUAAUGUCUGCCUCCCUAACUCUAAUGAUACCGUACUACCAGGUUCAUCCAACGGCAGCGUUUUCCGAUGCAUUCGCACAUAAAGGAGCCAUGGUGGCAAAGAUUGCCGUAUCAAUUGGUGCUCUGUGUGGAAUGAUGACCAGUUUGGUCGGUGGCAUGUUCGCACUACCCCGAUGUGUGUUCGCUAUGGCAGAAGACGGCUUGCUGUUCAACUCCCUCGCAAUUGUCAAUAGCAAAACCCAGGUGCCAAUAAACGCGGUGUUGGUGUUCGCCUCCAUCACAGCGAUCAUAGCUUUGCUGUUCGACAUCGAGACUUUGGUGGAGUUUCUCUCCAUCGGAACUCUGCUCGCCUACUCCAUCGUCUCCGCUUGUGUGAUUAUUCUUCGCUACCAACCGGCGAAAAAUGCAGAAGAUGGCACCUUCGAUAAUGGUGGCAAGCUAAAGCUUUCAUUCCCUGGAAGUUCUUUUCUCGCAAGUUUCAGUCCAGGUCAUGCUAUUCAUUAUGGUGUCGUAGUGAUGAUGAUUGGAUUUGGUGGUUUUGGACUCUGCCUUAGUUCAGAGUUGCUCAAAAUGACCAUAAGAACUCUGCACAUUCAGGUCCCACUGGUGCCACUCGUUCCCGCCCUUGGCCUCCUUAUCAACACUUUAAUGAUGCUACAUCUAGCACCAAUAACAUGGCUUCGACUUGUUUUUUGGAUGACAAUAGGAAUGAGUAUCUACUUUGGUUACGGAAUUCAUAAUUCUCGUGAAGCAUUCCCAUCGUCACCGGAUGCUCGUUUCUCGAAGAGCAGUACGUAUGAAUCCGUCGUGUCCACUUCGAAUUACGAUUCCUAA